UUUGUCCUGCCACAGUGUCUGGAGUUUCCCCCACAGUGGGGACGGGGAACCGGGAGCUUUCCUCCGCACACCUCCUGCCAUCUCGGCGGUGUAUCGAGUAGCUCACUAGCGACAGACGGAGAGACGUCGCAAUGAACACCUCAUCACGCAACGUUCAUCACGUAGGGUCACGUGACGUAGAAAACAGGACAGCCGAAAAUGUCAAGCUAGGACUUCAAUUUUCUGACAGGUCUGCAGUGAGGAGUCUCAGAGGGAAUGGAUGGGUUUCCUGUGAAGGUCUCAGAGGCAGUGUGCCUCGGGGCCAGCCUUGCCCUCUCAGGCAUCUGCUACUAUCUCUACAAGAAGAGCCGGACAACACUGAAUAAACUCGAAGAUGCUCCUCACUUCACUAUAGAUGGAAAACUCAAAGACAUUUUGAAAGUUACUCCAGGAGCAUGUCUACAGUAUGCUGUCAUCGAAGGUGCUGUGCAACCAGUAGGCGAGCCUCUGACCAGCUCCUUCCAAAAAGAACUUUUUGGAGUGUUGCAGAAGUUCAUGCUGAGAGAACACAGGCUCGUGUGGAACAGCCUUUCACGCACUUGGACGGACAGUGAACGGGUCUUGCACCAGAGAGUGAAUGCAGUGCCCUUUGUAUUAGUGGGGUCAAAUGAUACAGCCGUCCGAGUGCUGUGCCCUCUGCAGGCCUCAGGUGUGUACAUGGAGACCACCCACGAGAAGUUUCACCAGGUUAACUAUGGCUUCAGCGACAUCAUUGGACAAUACCUCAGUGGGGAGAAGCUUAAAGGGCAACUGGAGACAGAAGAAAUGCUCAAAGUGGGCACAACUCUUACCGGAGUGGGUGAGCUGAUACUGGAAACUGAUGGCACCCUGAAUCUCCGACCCCCCACUAAUGGCUCAGAGUAUUUUUUGAGCAUUACGGACUUUGACACCCUGCUGGGAGAGCAAGAGAGCACGGCUGGCUGGUGGAAGGGGCUCGCCAUCGCCUCUGCUGUGGCAGGGGCAGUGGUCCUUGUCUGGUUGGGCCGUCGCUACUAUAAUCAAUUAAGAGCACACUGGGAGAGGGAGAAGGAGAGGAGGGAAUUUGAAAGACUGCGGGCUGAAAACCCAAGAGCACGUGCUCCAGUAGCCGGCCAUGAGGCCCUCCAAGACGAGGAAGAGGAACACUUAGAGAAUGCUUGUGUGAUCUGCCUUACUCAGCCACGGAACUGUAUUCUGCUGGACUGUGGGCACGUGUGCUGCUGCUACAGCUGCUACCAGGCUCUUCCCCAGCGCCGGUGCCCUAUUUGUAGACAGAGCAUCAGCAGGGUGGUGCCUCUCUACCAUGUCUGAGGCAACUGUGUCACAUGACCUCAGUGGAGCUUCACCACCACACAAACUGUCAGCUUAACACCUUUAAGUGCUGCGAUUAGACCUGAAAACGAACGGUAACGCUUUGAAAUUCAUAUUACUGUGAGAAUAAUGUAACGAUCAUAUUGUAUGUAAUAAAAAAGGUGAAUUGUAAGGACUUUCAGUUAGUUAUCUUUAAUUGUAAAUACAGAAACAAAUGUGAUGGGGGUGGGGGGUGUAAGCAGUAGAUGUUUAUUUUCCUACAUAAUUGUUCUGUGCCUUAUUCUGGUAAUUUAUAUGGUGGCUGCUGUCUAAAGAGCAAUUGAAGUACAUUUGUCUGGAUAAAUUGAGUCUGGUCAGAAGAAGUAAGCUUGUGUUUUAACAGCUUUGAGUCACAUUUUAGAAGUCCACAUAUAUUUGGUGCCAGGACAAAGCUUAUGACUUAAUUAUGAAAGAAGGAAGUGUGUAAAAUGGUGGCUUUUGAAACAUAUUUAAUAAAGAAUCACUCAAUCUG